AUGUUAAAGAUCAUCACACUGGACCAGGCGAGUUGUAAAUUGAAGGCCAAAUUCAAUUUGAAUGGCUACAAAAGUGUGGAAAAGAAGAAGGUGGUCAUAGGCGGCAUGUUUUCCGUUCACCAGCGCCUUGCUUCAACUGAUAGCAACACCACAUCGGAACCUGUAUCGACUGGAUGCGAAGGAUUUAACUUCCGUGCCUUCCGCUGGACACAGACCAUGCUGUUUGCCAUCAAGGAAAUAAACAGUAGUCCAGACCUGCUGCCCGCGACAGACCUGGGCUACGUCAUCUACGACUCGUGCUUCACCAUCUCCAAAGCAGUGGAGGGCACCCUGACCUACCUCACCGGGCAGGACGAGGCCGUGCCCAACUACCGCUGCGGCUCUGGACCCCCGCUGGCCGCUCUAGUGGGGGCCGGCGGCUCUGACCUCUCCAUCGCCACCGCCCGCAUCCUGGGCCUCUACUACUUCCCUCAGGUGAGUUACUCGUCGUCCUGCUCCGUGCUGGAGAGCCAGUUCCAGUUCCCCACGUUCCUGCGCACCAUCCCCAGCGACGUGCACCAGUCCACGGCCAUGGCCCGGCUGGUGCUGCACUUCGGCUGGACGUGGGUGGGCACCAUCGCGUCCGACGACGACUACGGCAAGUACGGCAUCAAGGAGUUCAAGGAGCAGGUGGAGGAGGCGGGCGUGUGCAUCUCCUUCUCCGAGACGCUGCCCAAGGCGGGCACGCCCGAGGACAUGCGGCGGAUCGUGCGGUCCGUCGUGGACUCCACGGCCAAGAUCGUGGUGGUCUUCUCCUCGGACGUGGACCUCAGCCCGCUGCUGGACGAGCUGCUCCGGCAGAACGUCACCGACCGCACGUGGCUGGCCAGCGAGGCCUGGGUCACCUCGGCGGCCGUGGCGCGCCACCCGGGCAUCCAGCAGGUCUUGGGCGGCACGCUGGGCUUCGGCCUCCGCCGCGCCGACCUCCCCGGCCUGCGGCGCCACCUGCUGGACAUCGACCCGUACGAGCACCCGCUCACCGAGGAGUUCUGGGAGACGGCGUUCAACUGCACGCUGGACUACGGCCGCGCCCUGCGCCAAGCCAAGGCCGGGGCGGCGCGGGCGGCGCUGGAGGCGGGCAACAGCACGGCGGCGCGGGCGGUGGGCAGAGUGGUGCCCGAGGGCCUGUGCUCGGGCAAGGAGUCCCUGCAGCAGCUGAACAACACCUACACGGACGUGGGCCAGCUGCGGCUCACCUACAGCGUCUACAAGGCCGUCUACACGGUAGCACACGCCCUGCACAACCUGGAGCACUGUGAGCCGGGGAAAGGGCCCUUUGAGAACGGCACCUGCGCAGACAUCGGCAGCUUCGAGCCUUGGCAGUUGAUGUACUACCUGAAAAACGUACAGUUCGUUGUGCCGCACACUGAGGAGAGGUUUGAGUUCAAAGACGGGGAUGUGGACGGCAUGUAUGAGAUCAUCAACUGGCAGAUGAGUGCAGCGGGGGAGCUCUCGUACGUCCAGGUUGGGUUCUACAACAGCACAGCUCCAGCCCAGUCCAGGAUGACCAUAAACAAUGCCUCCAUCAUCUGGAACAAUGACGUCCUAGAGAUACCGCGCUCUGUGUGCAGUGAGAUAUGCCUACCAGGCACCAGGAAAGGCAUCAGGCAGGGGGAGCCCGUCUGCUGCUUUGACUGCAUCCCUUGUGCAGAUGGAGAAAUCAGUAACACCUCAGAUGCCCGAGCAUGUAUCCAGUGCAGUGAGGACUACUGGUCCAAUGCCAACCGUGACGCCUGUGUGGCGAAGACCAUCGAGUUCCUGGACUUCGGGGAGCCGCUGGGCAUCACGCUGAUCGCCAUCUCCGCGUUCGGGGCGCUGGUGACCGUGGCGGUGGGCGGCGUGUUCCUGGCGCACCUGAGCACGCCCAUGGCGCAGGUGAACGACGCGCUGCUCAGCUUCCUCCUGCUCUUCUCGCUGGUGGUCACCUUCCUGUGCUCCAUCGUCUUCCUGGGCGAGCCGCGGCCCUGGUCGUGCAUGACCAGCCAGGUGGCGCUGGCGCUGGGCUUCGCCCUCUGCCUCUCCUCCAUCACGGGCAAGUCCGCCAUCCUCAUGCUCCGCGCCCGCGCCAUCAAGGCCAAGAGCGACGCCGACGCCCUCCGGCCUGCCCACCAGCGGGCGAUCGCGGUGCUGUGCACCCUGGUCCAGGCGGUGGCGUGCACGGUGUGGCUGUGCCUGCUGCCGCCGCACCCCGUCAAGAACAUGGCGUCGCAGAACAUCAAGAUCAUCCUGGAGUGCCACCCGGGCAGCGUGGUCUUCAUCAGCUGCAUCUUCGCCUACGACAUCCUGCUGGCGCUGCUGGCGUUCGCCUUCGCCUUCACCGCCCGCAAGCUGGAGGACCACUUCAGCGAGGCCAAGUCCAUCACCUUCGGCAUGCUCGUCUUCUUCAUCGUCUGGAUCUCCUUCGUGCCGGCGUACCUGAGCACGCGCGGCAAGUUCAUGGUGGCCGUGCAGAUCUUCGCCAUCCUGGCGUCCAGCUUCGGCCUGCUGGCCUGCAUCUUCCUGCCCAAGUGCUACGUGCUGCUGGUCAAGCCCGAGCGCAACACCCAGGAGCAGAUGCGGCCGCGGGUCAAGGGCAUGGACGCCUCCAACACGGGCACCUCCGCCUCGCUCACCACCACCACCGCCACCACCGUGUCCACCGUCAGCGUGGACGACUGA